AUGUGCAUUCUUUGCGUAUUCGAUCUCAUUAAAGCAUCAAUAACCGACCCCAGCAUCAGCAUCCAAAUCGGCGCCCUCAUCUUCAACCGCUUGCUCUCAUCCUUCUUGCUUCAAGGGAAGAACUUUCAACCCAACCCACGCACGGUUGAGGCAUCGGUCGAGGCAUCUGGUAGCAAUUUCACUCCCCGUCGUCCUUGCAAGGGGUCAGAUGAGGAUGCCGACGAGACUGAGGACAGAAUGGAGGGAGAAGAACAGCACUAUGACCUCUCCACCCCCACCGUCCUCGGGCGCGCCGGGAUCCCAAAGUCGCUCUCCGUCAGAAGGACCAGUAACUCCUAG